UCAAAUUAAAAAAAUAAAAAUAAAAAUAGAGAGAGAGAGAGCCUCUCGCAGUCUUUCACCAACAGUCCAACACCCACCUCACUAUCUCUUUCACCGUUCUUCUUCACCUUGAUUGCAUUGAUCUGUUCUUCCACCCAAAAUAUUUUUUCGGGUCACUAAAUUUUCCCCUCGCUAGUCCUUCAAAAUCAAAAUCCCUAAUGACCCUGUCCCAGUUACUCAUUCUGGAUUAAAUUCCAAUUCCUACCACUUCCCGACUUAAACCUUGGCUCUCACCUUCAAUGGCUGCAUCAGAAUCCAGGAAGAGAAAGCAGCCUACUCACAGAAAGCUACUCAGAAAUGCCAAAGUCGAAAUGAGGAGUGAAGAAGAAGGGUUUCAGGGCUCCUGGCACCCGGGGACUGUAAUUUCCGUCGACUGCAAACGACGUCGUCACGUUCAGUACCAUCAUUUUCUGAACGAUCAUGGUGAUAGUCUUGUUGAUGUUGUUUCCGUUUCACCCAUUUUGGAUGGCAUUGAUUCCGGCAAUGUGGACCGGACUUGCUAUCGGGGGAAUAUACGGCCGUUGCCGCCGAAGAUCGAGUUAUCAAAAUCUAGGCUUCAGUAUGGUCUCUGUGUUGAUGUGUUUCAUAAUGAUGCUUGGUGGGAAGGUGUCAUCUUUGAUCAUGAUGCUGAUUCAGAGGAGAGGAUGAUCUUCUUUCCGGAUCUGGGGGACGAGCUCAAGACUGGAAUUGACACUCUGCGAAUUACUCAGGACUGGGAUGAGGUUACAGACAAUUGGCGGCAGCGUGGGAUUUGGGUGUUUCUUGAGCUGAUUCAGAAAUACAAGCAAGAAUGGUACAUUGCUGGUGUUUCCCUGAAGCAGAUUUGGUAUGACGUGCGGGACAAGGAGGGGUUUGAGGAGCAGAUCAAGGAGUGGACGUGCCCGAUUAGAGAUGUGUGGGAAGAGCUGGUUGUGAUGGUAAUUGAUGAUAACAUAAACAUCACUGUGGACACACUGCUUGGUUUUUUGGAUUUGCCAAGAUGCAUGUCACCAGAGGCAGAAAAGAGCCAGGUAGAAUUGGAUUCUGCUGGUUUUGUUUCUGAUGCUAAUCUGAAUCCUCUUUCCUGGUCUUGUGACCAAUUCCUGAAGAAUCCUAAAUCCGAAAUGGUAGUCCCUUUUCCUGAUGUAACCAAGUGCAUUCUGCCUUUGGAAGAUAAGAACCGGUUGAGUUGUAACCGAGUAUAUUCUAGGAAGAGAACUGGUAGUUUAAAGAGGAGAUUGGGAACACCGCAGAUGUCAACUCCAAGUACUACAAGCGAAGGAAGAUAUCAGAUGGGCUACAAGUACUACAAGAUCAGGAAGGAUAACAGCCAGUAGAAGCUGAUUAGCAGCUAUCACUGCUUGAACUAAAAAUAUGUACUAUAUUGUGCUUGUAUGUACUAUGUUCAUAUUAAUGGAAGUUGUUUUUGCCCAA